AUGUAUGGCGAAUCCGCCAAUCGUAGCUCAAUCAAACCUGGAUCCGUUGCAAUACUUGAGAUGCAGACAAUGCUACCGCUCAGUGAGCCAGAUGUUGUGUUUUGUACAAGAUGUCCAGAUGAAAAGUGGAAAAUGAUCUACAAGUACCAGCUCGUGAUCCUGGCCGUGGGGUUAUCUCUGUUGCUUAGAGAAGCUGCUGGUGCAUUUGCUUUGACAGGACCUGAAAAUGACUAUCUCAUUCUGAAAUACGCAGACAGUACUGAAUGCAAAGCUUCGAUUGAAGUAACAUACACUGAAUCCGACCCACUGUCCAUUAACAUCACCAAGGACAACCAGCCAUGGGACUCCGCAAAAAUUACAGGAGGGCGUUGGUUUCGUACUGUCAACAGUAGUGACUUUUCCGGGCUUGGAACCCACCAUUUGGAAAUCUCCAUUUCAGGAAUCCCCUCAUCAUCCGUUUUGGCCAACUUCACUUUCUCUGUGGACAACAAAGUGCAGGUGGAGGCAGUGCUGGAUGCAGGUAAUUUCAGAUGGAGUAUUUGUCCGUGUUCCUUUUUCAGCCAGUAUGCAAAACCCGAUAAACCGUUCGAGGUCCAUGCGUCAGUUGAGAAUGACACCAAUGCAGAGUUUGCCUUUGAUUUGAAAGAACUUGCCACACUGAUACAAUCGUGUAAUGGAAACUUUCUGGACAAGUACGCAGCCAAUAACUCAACACACAACCUGAUUGCCGUGGCAUCAAACGACAUCACCAACGAAAACAGUUUUGCACAAGUGACCUUCAUUUACCAGCCUGAAAUAGAUAUUGUAUUUGGAGAAACAGUAAUGUUGGUGGGAUCAACUUACGUAAUUAAUGUUAGUAUAAGUCAGAAUGUCAGUGUGGGUAUUUUUGUUAAUUUCGUUAAACUGAUUGUCACGAAUCACGGCUGUUUUCGGUUAAAUGCUUCAAAUAAAUACACCGAGGCUGGAUCCGUCACCAUAAGUGUGUUCGUCUCGACUCUAAGUUACAACAAAUCCGACACAAGGAAUAUAGAAGUGGUGUAUCCUUACAGUGGAUUCACUAUUGGCCUAAAUGAAAGUGAGAUACAGACGACUGAGAAUGCUACAUUCUACGUCAGUCGAAAUCAAACGGCUGAUUUAUACAUGGGCAAAUUGACCGUCACCAUCUCCCCAUGUGGAAUAUCCAGCUUGGUGGAAGAAUUAAACGUUCUGCCUGGCCAAACGCAACUGUUUCCGUGCUCCUUUCUAACACAGGGCAACUACACAGUUAACAUCUCAACACAGUCGCUGUUUGGGAUAGAAGAUUCCUUGACAAUGGAUGUCUACGUCUGGGACAGGUUGAAUGUCUCCCUGCAUAUCAACGAAACAUACUUCUCAGUUGGUUCACAACCUGUGUUUCAAGUUGUUGAUCCUCCACUCUCUGGAUUUAAAUACCAUAUCGACUUUGGAGAAACGACCAUAAUCGAGGAAACUGAUCCAGGGAUUCUCAUGCAGCCAUACUCCGGUAUUAGUUUACCAUCCUCAUUAAAUUACAGUCGACCAGGAAAAUAUUACAUCCGUUUCAUGGCAUACAACGAUUUCUACACUGUUAAUAAAGAAACGAUUGUCACAGCUUUCUACGGACUUCCCAAAAGCUAUUUUCAAGUGAAUCCAAACCGAACUCUUCUUAUUCCAGUUGAUGGCCUUGUUCAGUUUGAAAUAUAUUCUAAUGAUGGUCUGGUUGCUCCCAAACCCUCCAAUGUCUUCUGUGAUAUCGACUUUGAUGAUGGGACUGUCUUAACAAAUGUUUCAACUGAGUUUGACUAUAACGCAACCGGUUUUGGACUCCGAUUAGAACAUAAUUACGUGUCAGGUGGAACUUACGAAGUUAUUCUGAACUGCAGCAACCCGGUAAGCAGGCUUGUCCUAAUGACCAUGAUCAGAGCAAUUAACUUUAGUGUCCAACUAUUCAAUAUAUCUUACCGCAGUAUUAACUUGCACAAUGAGAGUGAGUCUGGGUUGUUCCAGAUCGAGCUACAACUGUAUAAUUUUACACGUCCUCCAAACAAUGUCAUUCUAAAGUGGAAUUUUGGUGAUGGCUCUGGUCUUGUUCAGAAUGUUCCUAUGACUAACUUUUCUAUACAACAUAUCUACCCAAAUAGAGGACACUAUUCAGUAUAUCUAGAAAUAAAAUAUAUUAUUGAUAAUGAUAUCAGAAGUAUAAACCUCGAAAUAAGCAUGGGAGCUUUUAACAUAUCGCUAGUUUCCUCUGAAACAUCCGGACUAGUGUCUGUGACACAGUUCAGUUUUGAAAUUGCAAACUAUUUACAUGGAACAACGGCUGAUAUUUAUGUCAUCUGGGGUGACAACACUUCUGAGCAAAUCAAUUUGUCGGCAAACAAAACAAUGACAGUAUAUCACACAUUUGUGUUGGCAGGAUUAUUUACACCACAAAUCAAAGCAAUGAGUUCCAAAGGUACUGAAAUGUCAUCCACUACUGAUUCUAUUUUCAUAGAGAAUCCAGUGAAAAAUCUAACGUGGAACAUACCAGCGUCGAUUCAGUUCGGUUUCACGUUUUUUCUAGAAGUAAUAUACACCGGCAGUUUGGACAUAAAUAAUGUCACGUGUACGUUUGACUACGAUGGUGAUGUAAACGUGACACAGAUUAACUUCUCACAGCAGUCUACAAAGCUGCUUGGUCCCGAGCACAUCUUUGCCACGAUGGGAGGUAAAACAAUAUCCGUAAACUGUUCGAACCAGCUAUCUCACCAGACACUCACACAAACAAUUAUAGUGUUGACUGGAUGUUUUACUGUGGCAAGGUUGUUUGAUGAGAGAUACAGACAUAUUCGCACACCUCUUAAGGCCUACACAUCUCUGAUCCGAAUCAUUUCUGGACGAAUAGAAUUUUCACCAAAAUGCCAGAACAGUACUGAACAGACCUUCGACUGGACAGUUGAAGAACAGCGGCCUUUUGGUUGGAGUAAACUCAAUGUUCCCAGUCCAAAUGCUAAGGUAUUUGAUCUUGCCAUGUGUGAACUUGGUCCUGGGUUUUACAGACUGUCGUGCAACUUGACUGUUUAUGGAUCGAAGGUACAAUCGAUCAAAGACAAGAUGUACUUACAACUCAUAGACCCACCAAUAACUGCCUGGAUAGCAGGAGGCGCGAAGUUGACUGUUAACAGUGAUGCAGAUAUUUUCUUAGACGCCGUUUCGAAUUCUUAUGAUCCGGUGAUAGGGUACGGGAAUGAGAACCAUCUUGAUUUUUCAUGGCGGUGUUUUGAGAUAGUAGAGAGUGACGUGGAGAAGUAUUUAACCCCAGAGAGUGAUGACUCCUCGUACGAGAACGGUACAGCCUGCACGCUUAGCUUCACGUCCGCCGGUGUGGUGACAGUCCCCGCGUCGUCUUUGCAGCCCAAUGCUUGGUUCUUAUUUGAAGUUGUUGUUUCCAAAGACGUCCGGUCAGCAAGAGCUAUUCAAGCCAUACGCAUCGUAGACGAUGGUAGACCAGAAUUCUUUCUGUACUGUAAGUGGAACUGUGAAAUGAAGAGAUCUAGACGAGUUCGCAUGAUAUACGACACUCACUUAAACUGCACUAAUUGCACUGAUGACGAACUGACAGCGGCAACAUACCAGUGGCAGCUGCAGAAAUACAACGGGAUUAACUAUGGUCUUGUUCCAAACGUGCCCGUUCUGUCAGACCCAACUGUUGGUGUUUUCGAAGUUGCGGCUGAUGUUCUGGAACCUGGGAAAUCUUACAAACUGAAGGUAACGGUGUCGAACGUAGGAGAUCUCCCAUCUGCGUGGGCGACUGCAUUCUUCACUGUGAGUGAAGAACCUUAUGGCGGAACCUGUACCGUUAACCCUUCAACAGGCCAGUAUCCAAAGCAGAUAAAAGCGUAA